AGAUUUCCCAUCCCUCUCCUAGCUCAAAAACCAUCUUCAGGAGUUCAAAGAAAAAAAAAAGAAACUGAAAUACCCAAUUAGAUACAAAAUGAAAGGAACACAUUUCCUUCUAGCUUUUGUUCUUGUAGUUCUGUCUUACUCGUUUGCCUUUGCCUUUGAUCCUAGUCCUCUUCAAGAUUUUUGUGUUGCCAUUAAGAAACCUACGGAUGGAAUAUUCGUGAAUGGAAAAUUUUGCAUGGACCCAAUGCGUGCAACUGCAAAUGAUUUCUUUUUUCCAGGGCUAAAUAUACCUGCAAAUACUAAAAAUCAACUUGGAUCAAAUGUAACACUCGUGAGUGUUGACACAUUACCAGGACUAAAUACUUUAGGUAUAUCCUUAGCACGUUUGGACUUUGCACCUUAUGGAGGUUUAGUUCCACCUCAUUAUCAUCCACGUGCCACCGAGAUUCUAACACUUUUGAAAGGCAAACUUUAUGUGGGUUUUGUCACAUCCAAUCCUAGUCGUUUAAUUUCCAAAGUUUUAAAUCCAGGAGAUGUUUUUGUUUUUCCAAUCGGUUUGAUUCAUUUUCAAUUUAAUAUUGGAGAAACUGAUGCAGUCGCUAUUUCUGGACUGAGUAGCCAAAAUCCAGGAGUCGUUUUGAUUGCAAAUGCAGUGUUCGGAUCUAAUCCACCAAUUAAUCCUGAUGUUCUUACCAAGGGUUUCCAAUUGGAGAUGAAUGUGAUCAACUAUCUUCAGAAACAAUUUGGCUCAUCAACUUGAUUAAUAUCUAGCUAUUUUGCUGUGUUACAAUCACAGCAUCUUCGCAAUAAUAUAUAAUAAGGAAAAGCUUAUUUCCAUUUUGUUUAUCAUUUUUGAAUAAUGAAAUAUUGAAAUUUUCUUCCUUGUAUUGUAUUUCAUGUAAUCUGAUAUUCUCUAUCAGUAAAAUAUCAUAAUUUAUGCUAUGUUCAGUUCUUCUUUUCUUUC